AUUGUACUUUUGCAGUUGGUUUGGUUUUGCUAUACACAAUCAAAGUAACAGCACAUAUAAAUAUGUUGGGUUAUUUUGCGUAUAAGUAUAGAACAGCAACAAUAAAGUAAAUAUCUAUCAAGGCAGGUCUCUAAUGCGUGUUACACCAGGGGAGGAUGUAGACGUCAUCAGAAUGCGUCACGCUCCAUGAAGGACCUCUGUUUUUAAAGGGUUUCAAAUAUAUUAGAAGAUUAAGUCGGUUAACUGCACCACUAAAAACAAUAGAUUCACAUUGUUUUAAGGUCCAAGUUAAGCUAGAGUGGCUAACUGGGGCUGUGUGGAUGGGAAUCACUGGAGAUAAGAAUGUCAAAACUUUCUGCUGGAAGAAAGACGUCCUCCAGUAAAUUGACUAGUUGGGUGGAGCCGUCCUUCGGGGAUCUGUUCAGCGGCUCCGGAUUGAACUCCUUCCGGCUGAAAAAGGGUGCGAGUUCGGGAGAAACCGAGAGCAAAUUGAGAAAACAGGCCACCGAGCCUGGCGCACAGAGGCCUUCAAAGAGACGAGCUGUCUCUGGAUUCCCGGAUUCCCAGGAGAGCGAGUCAAGCCAAGGGGAGCAGGGUGAGCCAUGGGUGGACAAGCACUCUCCCAGCUCACAGGCCGAUCUAGCCGUUCACAAAAAGAAGAUUGAGGAGGUGGAAAACUGGCUGAAAUCACACUUGGAUGUCAGACCGGAAACUAAGGGUGGCGCCAUACUGCUGCUGACUGGCCCUUCAGGAUGUGGAAAGACCGCCACCCUCCGGGUCCUGACCCAAGAGCUGGGCUGCCGUGUGCAGGAGUGGUCCAAUCCCACCAUGACGUCAGAGUUCAGGACCGAGGAGUCCUUCAGAGAUACCUUUGAUCCCAGUUCUAGGUUCAACGGUUUCCAUGGCGUCUCCCAGACGGCGGAGUUCCAGGAGUUCCUGCUCAGGGCCAAUAAGUACGGCCGGCUGCAGAUGCUGGGGGACGGCCUGACCUCUGGCAGGAAGGUCAUCCUCGUGGAGGACCUCCCUAACCAGUUCUACAGACAGCCAGCCUCCCUGCAUGAUAUUCUCAGGCGCUUUGUGAGGACCUGCAGGUGUCCUCUGGUCUUCAUCGUCUCAGACUGCCUCAGUGGCUCCAGCAGCUCUAGACACCUCUUCCCCAGAGACCUGCAGGAGGAGCUGGGAGUCUGGAACAUCAGCUUUAACCCUGUGGCCCCCACCAGCAUGAUGAAGGUGCUGAGCCGGAUCGUGACUCAGGAGGCAGCCAGGAGCGGGGGCAGGGUGGCGGUGCCAGAUAAGGCCGCUCUGGACCUGCUCUGUGCUGGGAGCUCAGGGGACAUCCGCAGUGCCAUCAACAGCCUGCAGUUCUCCUCUCUCACAGGCAGCUCACUGGACACCCGUGUCUGGCCUGGUAAGAAGGGUAAGUCCUUGCCCUCGGUGAGCAGAGGCCUGUCCAGAGGGAAGGGUAAGAGCAAGACUAGCAGGAGCUCAGACACCCUGGACUGCAGCCCGGCUAUCGGGGGAAAGGACGCCUCACUGUUCCUGUUCAGAGCCCUGGGCAAGAUCCUCUACUGCAAACGGGAGAGUUGCACGAGUCCAGAAGGGCCCAGUCUACCCGCCCACUUGUCAGAGCAUCAGAGAGACACACUAUUGGUGGACCCAGAGGCGGUGGUAGAGAAGUCUCACAUGUCGGGCGAGCUCUUUAACCUGUACCUGCAGCAGAACUACCUGGACUUCUUCUCUGAGAUGGAGGACGUGGCGCGGGCCAGCGAGUAUCUGUCCGACUCCGACUUCCUCACGGCCGAGUGGACCUCUCGCUCCACGAUGCGGGAGUACGCCUCCUCUGUGGCCACCAGGGGGCUCAUCCACUCAAACUCAGCCCGUGCCCGAGCCGACAGCCAGAUCUCCGUGGGCUUCAAGCCCCUGCACAAACCCCACUGGCUGCUGGUCAGCAAGAAGUACCGGGAGAACUGCCAGGCUGCCCAGUGCCUUUUCACCAGCUACUGCCUGACCCCCCUCAGCCUCCAGACCGAGCUCCUGCCAUACCUGGCCCAGCUCACCAACCCAAUGAGGAACCAAGCUCAGAUUGCUUUCAUGCAGGAUGUGGGACAUCUGCCCCUCAGGAAGUACCCUGGCAGGCUGAAGCUUGAAGCGCUGACGGACAAAGACCCAGGGACUCUGGACGAGGACAGUGAGGAGGAGGGGCCUGCUGUCUCCGCUCCCGGCCCAGAGGAACCAGAAGACCCCGCCCAGCCCUGCAGCCAGGGCCCAGGAAGUGACCUGCCAGCCAGCCAACCACAGCCCACCACCUCCCAGGCUCUCCUGGAGGAAGAGGAAAUGCUCAUCGAGGAGUAUGACAGUGACUGACCGACCGUCACCUCCUCCAGGAAAAAAGAAAUACCGCCGGGAAAACUCAAAUUUGAAUUCUCCCCCAACAAACUGUGAAGUCUUUACCCAUUUCAUUUGUCCAAAAAAAUUGUUGCUAUUAUUAUGAAUGUAUAUUGUUAUUUUUUUUGGCAAGGCAGGACUUGUGUAUUUAUUACUUUGGUGCCCCUUGGACAGGUGAAAUCCUUUUUGGUCAAGCAGAAAUAACGGUCUUCAGGGUAGUUUGUCAACUCCCUCAAAUUGCGGCCUUGUAGACUAUUUUAAACAGGAUUUGCAGAUAUUUAUAUUUGUUUUUUCUUCAAGCGCUUAUUUUUUUGUUUGUUUGUUACUAGUUUUGUUGAGAUGUGGUUGAUAUUGAGAUGGGUUUGAUUAUUAUUACAAUACUGUCGUAUUGAGAGGAAUAUGUCGACGUUCUAGGACUCUUAAAGAGAGAGGUUGUCUAAAUUAACUUUUUUUUUUGUCCUAUACUGAUAUCACAGAGUACUGCAAUGGCUUUCCAGCUUUUCCACUGUUGCGCACCGGAUUUUCUGUAAAUAAACCAUUUUUCAUUAAGGAGGGAAAACAUCA